UGUGUCUCUGUCUCACUCUCUCUUCUUCUUUUUUUUUUUUUGCUUUCUCUGACUCGAAAUUCCAUUCCAUUCUUCUCUUUUAUCGUUUUCUCGCCGCAGAUCUCUUUAAAAUCAGAUCAGGCGGGGGGAGGGGAGGAAGUUGGCUGGAAACGCCCGAUGAGUAGACUUUUGACUUUGUUGUGAUCGGGGGGGAAUUUAGGAUGGGGCAGUGUUACGGAAAAGUCAAUCAUACGGGAGUAAAUGAAACGACGACGUCGAAUGCUACAGCAACAACAACGACAGUGGUGGUUUCAGCCGAUCAGGAACGAACUCCGGUGCCCUCGGGUAACGGCGCUGUUAAUGUUCCGUCAGUGAAGAAUACUCCAGCUAGGUCUUCAAACCAAAAUCCAUGGCCCAGCCCAUACCCGCACGGGGUUUCUGCCAGUCCGCUUCCCCCGGGAGUAUCGCCUUCUCCGGCGAGGACUUCGAGGGGUUCGACGCCGAGGAGGUUCUUCCGGAGGCCGUUCCCUCCGCCUUCUCCGGCGAAGCACAUAAAAGCGUCGCUGGUGAAGCGGCUUGGCGGGAAGCCAAAGGAAGGACCGAUCCCCGAGGAUCGCGGAGCUGAGCCGGAACAGGCGCUGGAUAAGAGCUUUGGUUAUGGCAAGAAUUUUGGAGCUAAGUAUGAGCUCGGAAAAGAAGUAGGGAGAGGGCAUUUUGGUCACACUUGCUCAGCUAGAGGUAAAAAGGGUGAGCUCAAGGAUCAACCUGUUGCUGUUAAGAUCAUCUCAAAAGCCAAGAUGACAACAGCAAUAUCGAUUGAAGAUGUUCGAAGGGAGGUGAAAAUAUUGAAAGCACUAUCAGGACAUAAGCAUCUGGUCAAAUUUUAUGAUGCAUGUGAGGAUGCCAAUAACGUGUACAUAGUCAUGGAAUUGUGUGAAGGUGGAGAGCUAUUAGACAGAAUUUUGGCAAGGGGAGGAAGGUACACUGAGGAGGAUGCAAAAGCUAUAGUUGUACAAAUUUUAAGUGUGGUUUCAUUUUGUCAUCUUCAGGGUGUUGUUCACCGUGACUUAAAGCCUGAGAACUUCCUUUUCACUUCUGGGGGUGAAGAUGCUGACAUGAAGCUAAUUGAUUUCGGUCUUUCUGACUUUAUUAGACCAGAUGAAAGACUCAAUGAUAUUGUUGGAAGUGCUUACUAUGUUGCUCCUGAAGUUCUGCAUAGAUCUUAUAGUCUGGAAGCAGAUAUAUGGAGCAUUGGAGUAAUUACCUACAUCUUGUUAUGCGGAAGCCGGCCAUUUUGGGCACGUACUGAAUCAGGAAUUUUUCGUUCUGUUCUAAGAUCUGAUCCCAACUUUGAUGAUUUACCCUGGCCAUCUGUCUCUCCAGAGGCCAAAGACUUUGUUAAGAGGCUUCUAAACAAGGAUUACAGAAAAAGAAUGACUGCUGUUCAAGCUCUAAAUCACCCUUGGUUGCGGGAUGACAGUCGCACAAUACCUCUUGAUAUAUUGAUCUAUAAGUUAGUCAAAUCAUACCUUCAUGCGACACCAUUCAAACGCGUUGCACUAAAGGCUCUUUCGAAAGCAUUGACUGAAGAUGAGCUGGUUUAUCUCAGGGCACAAUUCAGGCUGUUGGAACCAAAUAGAGAUGGGAGUGUCUCUCUUGAAAAUUUUAAAAUGGCUCUUGCUCGAAAUGCAACCGAAGCAAUGGGUGAAUCAAGGGUUCCUGACAUUGUUAACACAAUGGGGUCGCUUGCAUAUAGGAAAAUGUACUUUGAAGAGUUUUGUGCAGCUGCAAUCAGCACACAUCAAUUGGAAGCAGUUGAAGGCUGGGAGCAAAUUGCCUCUAUCGCUUUUGAGCAUUUCGAACAGGAGGGCAAUCGAGUAAUAUCGAUUGAAGAAUUGGCACGGGAGUUGAAUGUUGGCCCUUCAGCUUAUUCAUUCCUCAAAGACUGGAUCAGAAUUUCUGAUGGAAAGCUUAGUUUACUUGGAUACACAAAAUUUUUACAUGGUGUGACGCUUCGUAGCUCUAAUACAAGACAUCAUUAGUUUUUCAGCCAUUGAUAUAUAUAUAUAUAGUUUCUUAAAAUUCAUGGCAUUUUGAAUGACUUUUGGGGUUUUAUUUUUUUUUUCUUCCAAAAAUUAUUUUUCUUUAGGGUUGGUUACAGAAAAAUGUGCAUAAGUGAAAUAUGUUAGUGAGAUUGUUGAGGAAAAUUUACAGUGAGAAUUUCAUCGUGCUCAUGUC